AAGCAGACUCAUCCCUCUUCAACUAAUAAUCAAUCUUCCCUUUUUCUGCAAUCCAAAAAAAAAAAAAAAAAAAAAAAAAACAACACCGAUCAUCUAUAUAUUCAUAGCAACUAUACUUACAGGAGUCAUAAUAUCUGCCCAAAAAUAUUUACCCCUUACCAACUGCAAUCAAUAUCAUUUGUCUUCUUCUUCUUCUUCAUGUAUGCUGUUUCAUUGCAUUAUUGCUUAUUAAUAUUAACUGCCGCCAUAUAAAUUAUACAUAUUCCCACCAUUCAUUAAGUUGAAAAUACUUGGUGGGUAUACCUAAUAUAAAUAUUAUUCUCAUUAUUUUUAUUAUUCACAUUUUUUUUUGUCGGUGUAAAUUAAAAUUUUCAGAUUAUUAAAUGCUUUCUUGAGCUCACACAAAGAAUCCUGAUCUUGGGUUUCUGUUAACUUAUUGGUUUUUUAUGGUUUUAUAUUAAUUUUUUGAGUGAUGCAUAUUGAAAUUAUUGAUAAAAAUGACAACUUUAGUCCCUGGUGUGUUGUUAAAGCUGCUUCAACACAUGAACACUGAUGUCAAAGUUGGUGGUGAACACAGAUCAUCUUUGUUACAAGUGGUGAGCAUUGUACCAUCUUUAUCUGGUGGUGAGCUUUUUAAAAACCAAGGGUUUUAUAUAAAAGUGUCAGAUUCUGUUCAUGCCACUUAUGUGUGUUUGCCUGACGACCAAACUGAUCUUAUUCUUAGUGAUAAGAUCCAGUUGGGUCAGUAUGUUUUUGUGGAGAGGCUGGAGUCAGCCUCUCCGGUACCCGUUUUACGAGGGUGUCGCCCUGUUCCUGGGCGACACCCUUGUGUGGGUACCCCUGAAGAUAUUGUUGCCACUCAUUCUUUAAGGUUUGUUAAUAAUAAAGGUUCUGGUUCUGGUUCUGGUUCUGGUUCUAGAACGUCGGGUUCCAAACCGGAUGUUAAAAAAAGUACGCCGGUUUUGGCGAGAUCUAAAUCGCAAGUGUCGAAGGUGGUAACGGAUUCGGUUGAUACAAAGUGGUUGAAAGCGAAAUCGUUUAAUUCGCGUGGAGUGUCUUCGUCUUCCAUGAGUUGUUACUCGUUGCCGGGUUCGUUUGAGAGGUUUUCGAAUGGGAUAAAGCAGCAGGCGGGUGUUAAAGGGUUGGAUAAAACAGUUGGUAAGUUGAAAUUGGGGGGAACUGUGAGUACUAAUGUGAUGAAAUCUGGAACCGGAAGCUCGAUAAAGAACGUUGUUUCGGGUGUUGAGUUGGGACAUAAGGUUCUUAGGAAGAGUUGGGAGGGUAGUAUGGAUAUACGGACUCCGAGAUUGGAUGUUAACAAGAAAUAUUCGAAGCCUGAAGCUCGGGUUACUUCUACUUCAAGUAAAUCAACAAGUGAAAGGAUGCAGACUACAAGAAAACCGACGAGUGAAAGGAUGGCGUCUAUAGAGGAAACUAAGAUUCAAACACCUAUAAAUAGAGUUACUAAAGCUAGAGAUUCGGUUGAUAAUGGCCAAUUAAGUAAACAUAAGUUAUCAUCUGGGAGGAUAUCGUCAUCAAACGUUUCUAAUAACGGAUUAUCGGGAAACUUGAUUAAGGUUUCUAAUAAAGGGUUACCAGGAAACAUGAUUAAGGUUCCUCUUAGUAACAAGAGGUUGACUUUGACGGAUUGGUCUUCUCUCCCGCCACCUAUUGCAAAUCUUGGAAAGGAAGUCAUGAAGCAUAGAGAUGCUGCACAAAUUGCUGCUAUGGAGGCUAUGCAAGAGGCUUCGGUUGCUGAAAGCAUACUUCAAUGUAUAAGCUCGUAUUCAGAUAUCUGUUCUUCUGCAAAAGAAGACAACCCACAGCCUACCGUCGAGCAGUUUUUAGCAAUGUACACUAGCUUGAAUAACGCUCAUCAAAUUGCUGAAUCUUUAUCGAAAAUCACCAUUCGGGAUUCAUCAUCAGAUUGUGAAGAAAACCCAUCAGAAGAACAGUUAAAAGUAAUAUCAGACCGACAAAAACGAGCAAAUCUUUGGGUUAACGCUGCUAUAGUUACCAAUUUAUCUUCUUUCUCAGUGUACACCAAACAACCGCCAUCUUCUACCGCCAAUAAGCCCACACUAGUACUCGAGGGGUCCACCAAGACCCCAUCACCAAAACCGCAAGUCAAACCCCGUCAACCAGUCAACACAAAGAUCGCCAGUGCCAGCUCAUCAACUCUGAAGUCCGUAGUUGACCAAAAGUCAACCGCCCCACCUCCAAUAAAAUGGGAGAAAGGGGCUGGUCUUGAAGAGACAGUAGAGCUUGCACAAAUGUUACAAGCGGAGUCACGAGAUUGGUUCUUGGGAUUCGUUGGAAGAUUCUUGGAUGCUGAUGUCAGCACCGCCACGUCAUCUGAUAAUAGUAGGAUUGCGGGUAUGCUGACUCAGCUCAAGAGCAUAAACGAUUGGUUAGAUAAGAUCGGGACUAACAAAGAUGAACGAGAAAAUGAUCGUUUCACCAUAGAGCCGAUCGAUCGUAUAAAGAAAAAGAUUUAUGAUCAUCUCCUUACACAUGUAGAAUCUGCUGCAGCUGCACUUGGUGGAAGUUCAGAAUCAUCGAAAACCGGAAGUAAAGUAAAAAAGUAAAUGAAUUUUUUUUAUUGUGUAUAUAUACAGGUUCAACAUAUUGUUGGGGUAUAGAAUCAAAGAUUUGAGUGUU